AUGUCGUCCGGAUCAACAAUGCAGUCCUUUGUCAAGUGGCUGCAGCUCAAGAUUUACCAGGUGGAGGUGACAUUUAGUGUAUACAUCUUCACACCGCUGGAAAAGUUCAUCUUUUGGUCCGUCGUCUUCCUCCUCUUCUCCCUCACCGCCAUCGCCACCAUUCUCUACCUCCCACACCACAUCAUGUUUCUGGCCGGCCGCGCCUGGUUCUACAUCCACGGCGACUCGGCCCUCGAGGUCGCCCGAGAGACGGCGCGCACCCUCGUGCAGAAUGCGAGCUCCACCAAGACGGCGGCUGCGGCGCUGGGCACUGCGACCGCCCGGGCCGCGGCGCAUGCUGUGGAGGGGGCUGUCAAGGCUGAGCUGUAA